UUACGUCAUUUCCGUCGCAUGUAAUAUAAAGGAUGUGACCGAGAGAAGGGUGAACAGGGUUUGAAACUUUCAGAAAUUGAAAGUCUAUUAAGUGUUCUGGUAGCUCGAAGAUGAACACCGCUCUGAAGCAGUGGAAAGAGGCGUCCACCCUAAUCCUUACCGCAGGGCGCAGGCUCGGUGCGGACAGUUUGUCGUCAAGAACUCCGCUGGACUGCAACGGCGCAGCGACACAGCUGCCGCACAGCUCCCAGUUUGAUUACGACGUCCUGUUGCUCAAACGAAGCGCUAAAAGCACAUUUAUGCCCAACGCGUAUGUGUUUCCCGGCGGUAUGGUGGACUCCUCAGACUUUUCGAGUGAUUGGUUAGACGUCUUUAAAUCUUUUCUCAAUUCCCCUAGUUUUGGUUUAAGGAGCGUUAAGCAGCCCGUGGAGAACAGACCCCCGAUCUUUGCAACGAACCGAUUAAAACUCGGCUCUCCCAUCCCGGGAGAAGUCGCCCUGAGGAUUUGUGCCGUUAGAGAGACGUUUGAGGAAUCGGGAGUGUUGCUGGUUGUGCCUAAAAAGGAAGAGAAACGCAUUUUAAGAAGCCUUCAGGACACACGGUUUAGUCAACAUCACAUAGAACAUAAACUGUGUUGUGAUGAACUCUCAAGGUGGAGGGCAUUGGUGAACAAGAACCCCUCCAACUUCAUGAGGAUGUGCCAGGAGUUGGAGAUUUUGCCCAACAUCUGGGCUUUACAUGAGUGGGCGAACUGGCUGACCCCCACCGCCAAAUAUGGGAGGACGAGGUUUGACACCGCUUUCUUCGUGUGCUGUUUGCAGGAGAUGCCCAGCACGCUGCAGGAUGAGAAGGAAAUUGAGCGCUUUCAGUGGUCCACACCCUCAGAGAUCCUGCAGAGCUACCAGGCCCGGCGACUUUGGAUUGCUCCUCCACAGUUCUACGAGCUCAGCCGGAUAUGCCGCUUCCCGCUACUGAAUGACCUCCACAGCUUCGCCCACCAGCGGGCAACACAAGGCUGCGAUCGGUGGAUGCCUGUUAUCGUCCUUCAAGAUCAGCAACACAUUUCUCUGCUCCCAGGGGACAAGCUGUAUCCAGCAGACCCUUCAAAGCCGACCGAGGAUGACCACAAAGACUCUCAGUUGGAGGAUCCAACAGAUGAUUCUGAUUUGCACCGUAUGGUGAUGUCAGACCCUUACACUACAACCCUACAGGUCACUGUCAGACCCAAGUAUAACCACCUGCUCCCUGUUAUGGUGCCAGCCUUGUCGCAUAAUCCAGAAAGUCAACUUUGAUCUACACUGAAACAUCUUUUUAUUCAUUUUUUUGCGCACAAUUACAAAAAGACGUUGACAUGAAAUUUACUGGCAGUAUGUCUGCUGCUGAAUUCUGAUCACUAAUAACUGCAUCAAGUUCUGUUGGUGUCUGUGUUAUGUUAAAUCUCUCAUAUUGAAAAGAAAAAAACUAACUGUAAUUUGGAUAACUUGCAUUUAUAUUUAUUUUGUAUAAAAUGGCUACUAAUUACUUAAAUUAAUACAGGAGCUGGGUUUAAUUU